AUGGCGCCCAAAGAUGGUACACGUCGGCCGCGACCUGGAAUGAAGGACAAUGGGGACGGCUAUGGAAUUUUUGAGUGGAAGCAGUAUAGGCACAGCAAGGGCACCUUCGACGAUGCGCAGGCCGCCGGGGUACGCUUGACGGUCGUCCCCGGCAUCGCAGGCGUCAACUACUUGGACCCCGACAGCUAUGUGUUCGCACCUGUUGUGCGGAUUCUGGAGUCGCUGGGCUACGUCGAGGGCUUCGCUCCGUCCAUGAUGGAGAAGAGGGAUGGCUACUUCCAGAAGCUGGUGUCAAGCAUCGAGACCUUGGACAGAAGUGGAACUGGUGUGAUCCUGCUUGCCCACUCGAUGGGCAACAAGGUCAUCUCCUACUUCCUGGACUUCGUAGUGAAGAAGAAGGGGCAAGCCUGGGUGGACAAGCACAUCCACCUUUGGUUAGCCGCGGGGGCACCUCACCUCGGGGCUCCCCAGGCCGUGCGAUCCACUGUGUUUGGGGACAACUUUGGUCUCGACGCCUUCAUUACCGGGUCUGAGGCCCGUGCCUUCGCACGGUCGCUGAGUGCUUCGCCUUGGCUUUUUCCUGCAGGUGAGAUGGCAAAGCAGCCCAUGUUCCACCUGCGCAAAGGCGGUGCACUGGAAGUCUGCUCCAUAACUGCCACGGUUCCCAACUCGGGCAUCGUGUCGGCAGAGAACAAGGUCAUGGUGAGCUUCGAGGUGAGUUGGGGCGAUGGCACGAGUGGUGCUGGCAACCUAACCACCAAAAGCGCCAGCACCUUUGACGGCAGCAAAGCUACCUUCGAUGAGAAGGACAACUUCUUACAGUUUGGAGGCCCAACCCAGCUGCCGGCGUCGGCAACCAUCCGGGCCAUUCUGAAGGAGAAGGGCUACCACGAUACCUCCACUGACAUGCUGUCGCGGUUUGGUCAGGCUGUGAAAGCCGGUGUGAUGCUCGUGGAGGAAGCCGCAGCGGGGCGCCGGGGCCUUGGCGUGCCGCGGGCGCAGACGGAAGCGAAGAGCCUUGCAGAG